AUGAAUCAGUGUGUGGAUAGUACACAAUAUCGAUGCCGUAAUGGAAUGUGUAUUGAGAGGCAAUUUGCAUUUGAUGAUAUAUACGACUGUCUUGACGGUAGUGAUGAAAUUGAUGAUGAAAAGAGAAAAAUAAGAUGUCAGCAGUAUCCAUUCGGAGAAUGUGAAGAAUUUAACUGUGGAUGGAUGACUUAUCCAAUUGAUGACAAUAGUGAUUGUUUUAUGAACUCUAUUACUUGCACAUCUAGCAACGAUAUCGGUUGUUACCUUCUACGAAAUGGUUCUAGUACUCCAUUAGCCUACUAUUUAUUCCAAGAUUUUUGUAACGGUGUUGUGAAUCGCAAACUGGUAACAGACGAAGCAGACUGCCAAGAAUUUUCUUUGUCCUGCAGCUCAAGAUCACGAGCAUGCACUGGAAUUUGGGACUGCAAUAAUGGAUACGAUGAGAUUAAUUGUGGCUCCCAAACAUAUUAUUUGAACCAACAUUGUGGUGAAGAAGAGCACUAUUGUUUUCAAUUCGACACAUAUGAACUAGGUUGUUUGCAUGUUGAUCGGGCAAAUGAUGGUCAAAUUGAUUGUAUAGGAGCCAGUGACGAACGUUUUGUUUAUUGCCCAAAUAAGCAUCCAGACGAGAUAACACGUCGAUUUCGGUGUUUAAGUGAGCCUCUAUGUAUUCGAGUAGAACAGGUCUGUGAUGGAAAUCAAGAUUGUCCGUUGAAUGAUGAUGAAUUAAUGUGCCCUUGGCGGAUGAAAUCCGAAUGUCAGAAUGGAACGUUUGCAUGCAAAAAUAGAACUUGUCUAUCAGAAUCUGAACGAUGUAAUAACCAAAAUGAAUGUCGAAACGGUGAAGAUGAGUGGUUCUGUGAUAUGAUUCGAUACCGCCACUUUAAGCCCCAAUUUAGACUUAGUACAGAUUUUACACAAUAUCCAAUUCGAGAUGAAAUGUCUAAUGAAAUGACCAUUAAAAACUGGAGUAAAUUAAAGCAGCGACGCUCUGUAAAGAGGGCUGAUCUAAAACAAGAUGAACUUUUUGACUACUACAUAGCGUACUAUUGCAAUCAUGGUGUGCUGGUAAGUAGCUGGGAUACGAAAGGAUUAGAAUGCUUCUGCUCACCGGCUUAUUUUGGACACCGUUGCCAGUUUCAAAGCCAUCGGUUAACCGUUUACUUACAGGUGGAGAUUGAUAAACGUUUGCGACAGUCGGUUUUUAAACUAUCUGUGUGUUUAAUUUCUACGGAUGAUGAAGAACGCACAAUUAUGUGUGAUUAUGUUACUCAUUUUGAAUCUAAUGAAAGAAUAUUCAAGCAUAUUAUUUAUUUAGUAUAUCCACGAUCACACAUCACUAGUAAUUAUUCUGUUCGUAUUACCGCAUAUGCCACUACAUUAUCUACCGUCAUGCUUCAUUCAGCAUGGUAUUAUAAAAUUGCAUUUUCAUUCUUGCCUGUAAAUCGUUUGACUGCUGUUAUUAGAAUUGAAAAUACUACAGAACAAUAUAAGAAUAAUUGCAUUUUAUAUAGAAAUGAUAACACAAGACACUACUGUUUUCAUGCACCAUUGUCGCCAUUAUUAUGCGCAAAUGAUUCCCUUUUUGUUGAUGGAUACUGUGUCUGUCCUUUAAACAAGUGGGGAACUGGUUGUUAUAUUCGAAGCAAUAUAUGUGAAAAAAUGAACGAUAGUUGUAAAAAUGGUGGUAUAUGCUAUCCAUUAGUUGAGAGAUUGAGUUAUUUUUGUAUCUGUGAUGAUCAACAUUUUGGACAAUUUUGCCAGUAUAAUCGAUCCAAAGUAGCCAUUAGUUUAAUGAACAAUCACUAUUCAAUAUCUAUUAUGCCUUUUGUCAUUGUUCAUUUUUUAGAAAUCGAUGAAGCUCUAGGUGCAUUGAUAAUCAAAGACAGAUUAUUAUUUCAUCGAGUUCCACUUUCCAGCAUACUCAUUUCUUUAUUCAAACAAGAACGUCUGUCGACGUUUAUCUACACUCAAAUUUACUUUGAUACCCGCACUGUGUACGGUGAAUAUCAUUUAGUUAGUCUACUCAGACGAGUAAGAUCUUUACAAACGAGCGUAUUACCAUCGAAUCGUUGCCCGCACAUACGUGAACUAUUGAAUCAUACCGUCAACAACUUUCCUUAUUUUAAACGUGUCAAAUUUUAUCAAAAAGCAUGUUAUGUGUGGGGUAUAAAAUGUUUCUAUGAUGAGCAAUAUAUGUGCCUUUGUGACAAUUUUGCACGGUAUGAUUGUUUCCGAUUUGAUCAUGAUGCAAGUGAUUGCUCCAGUCUAGACUACUGCCUAAAUGAAGGUCGAUGUAUCCAGCCGUUGCAAACUGAUCUUACAUUUGAUUUUGGGUGUGUCUGUCCUGCUUGUUAUUAUGGCGAACUGUGUCAAUUUACAACAGCUCAAUAUUCGUUGUCGUUAGAUGCACUUGUUAGUUCAGAAAUUCUUCUCGGAAAAUCUCUCCAUAAUCUACCUACUUUGAUCAAAAUAACAUUAUCACUUGUAAUGCUAAUGGUGAUUAUCGGCUUAAUGGCAAAUUCAUUGUCUAUCAUUUCGUUGUGCCAAAAAACUGGGCAUGAGGUGGGCUGCGGCCUUUAUUUAUUAACUUUGUGUAUAACAAGUCAGUUAGGUUUGCUUACAUUUGGUGCACGUUUUAUUCACCUACUUAUCAUGCAAACCAGUUCGCGAAAAAAAGCAGCAGCUUUUGAUUACGUAAGCUGUAUUUCACUCGAAUUUCUUUUUUCAGUUACAUCGUCGAUUUUUGACUGGCUAACAGCAUGCAUUGCAAUUGAGCGUGCUCUCGUCGCUGGCAAAGGUGUUCGAUUCAACAAAAAACUUAGUAGAAAGCUAUCCCAAAUGCUUGUUAUUAUUGUGGUUGUAUUGAAUAGUGUGAGCCAAGUACAUGAGCUGUUUUCGCGAGAGGUGAUCGCUGAUCCGCGAUCAAGUGGCCAUUCAUGGUGUGUUAUGAAAUUCAGAUAUACAUGGCUAGUAAAAUAUGAAAUCAUCACGAAUAUUUUACAUCUCACUCUUCCAUUUUUGAUUAAUCUUAUAUCGACCGUAAUCUUUUUAUUGUGUUUAUCACUUAGAAAAUCUCAAUUGAUGACAAAUAAUGGCUCGUAUUACACAACAUUGAAGCAACAAAUCUUGUUAUAUCGAGCAUUUGUCAUAAGUCCCAUAAUUUUAGUUAUUUUGGAAUUACCACGACUUGUUCUUUUAUUUGCAUUUGCUUGUAUCAAGUUUCCUUGGCAAAAAUAUGUGUAUUUGUUGAGUUACUUCCUGUCAACAAUGCCUCUGACUGGAUCUCUCGUUAUUUUUGUUCUACCCGCUCCCACAUAUCGAAACGAACUAAAACAAUGGCUUGUUCGUUGUUUUCCUCGCACAUAGUAAAGAAUGGUUUAUGGCUCAAGAAGACUACUUCUUCCAUAGAGGAACAAGAUGAAUAAAACAUGGGAUAUCUAAUAUAUCUGUUUUGUGUGUUAAAACAGCAUUUAGUACUGAAAGCACUGGGAGCAGAAUAGUAUGAAACUUCGGUAUAGAGUAGGCAUGCACCGAUUUCGAUUAAUCGAAAUUCGAUUACUCGAAAUCGAACAUAAUCGAACUUCGAUUAUUCGAAAUCGAAAAUAUUCGAACCUUCGAUUAUUCGAAAUCGAAAAUAAUCGAACCUUUUUUCUG